CAAUCAUUGUUCACGGAUUUGUUUCGUACAGGUUGGAGUGUUUGUGGUGCAGUUAAUUCUGUAAUUCGGUUUGUCGUUCGGGCGGAAAAUAUUUUUCGAGUGAAAAACUCUAUCAAAAUGACAGAUAUAGAUGCGAAAGUUAAUAUGUCUCUCGAUGAAAUCAUAAAGAUGGAGAAAAAGAAGAAAAAGAACAAGCCAGUGAUUACCAAUGGAAAAGGUGGUGCAAAGAGAAUUCGAAGUGGCAGUGCUCGAGGUCAUGAAGGUUUUAAGGGCCGUGGAACUAAAAUAGGAAACCAGACUUCGGGCCCUGCUUGGCGUAAUCAACGUUAUCAAACCGUUGUACAUAGUGGCUUCAUCAAGAAACGAUACGUCAAGCCUGGCAACCUUACACGAUCUCGAAGUAAUCUAUCUCUAAAUCGUAACAUUCAGAAAAAUGCUCCUAAGGGUGGUUAUAUCGUUCGACGUGGUUUCGGAGGUAAAUUUGGAACAUAUCGAAGCAAAAACCAAAUUAAUCUCAAAUUCCUUGGGGUACAACAAGGAAAAGGCUCAUUUAUGAAGAACAGAAGUUUUCUUAAGAGAAUUAACAGUCUUUCAAGUUUAAAAGAUCCUAAUUCUGUGUAUAAUCGCCUGGGUUAUCAAAGCCCGGCCCAGAUUGCUUAUCGGAACCGUGUGAAACGUGCAAAGUUACUACUUCUUCAACGAGAGAAUCAACGGAUGACGCUAACCAAUGAAUUUAGGAUCUCACCUAUGGGAAAAUCACUUACGGCUCUUCAAAAACGUGCUUUGGAACGUCGGCAACAAAUGCUAACGACUCCGCGUCGUUUCGCCCCUGAUGGACUUCAUUCUGAACUAAUCUCACGUGCACAAAGACGCGCACAGUAUGAACAGAAACUCCUAAGGAUGAAUUCUAAUCGAAUAAAUUCUGAUUUCGAUAUUGACUACAUAAGCGCACUAGGUGAAAAUUAUCCACCCGGUCGUCGACGAUCUCUUAGCUUGUCGCAAAGUCAAGCCAGCAUCAGUACGAACAACUUUCGACAACUACCGAGAGGGCGAUCGCCAUUUAGGCAAAACAUGCAAAACGAGAAUAUGAUGAAUCCUCUCCAAAUGUUCAAUCGGCAGAGGUCAAGAUCGAGAUCAAGAUCCAGGAUACAGUCUAACGCCAAGAAACUUGUGGUUUCAUUUACAAAUAAGUCACAGAAUACGGAUGCUUCUUUUCAUGCCGAUGAUCAUGCAUUCAGUGAUGUGAUGUAUAGUCUACAUGGUACAGAUGGUUGUGAAGUUUUAGGAGUGACUGGUCAAACCCUCAAUAGUAGAUUCAGUUCUUGAACAAACCGUCAAUAGAUUCGUAAUCGUAUCUAAAACUUAAGACUGCAGUGAUCAGAGAGAUAUAUUUGACCAUUUGUGACCUACGUAGCUAGGGUGUACGUUAAGAAUAUUCAAACAUUCAACGAUUGAUAAUUAAUGCGCUGUCGACUUCUUACAGCUAUAUCGGUCGAAAAUAGAAUGAAAGAUUCAAUAUUUGAGACAACGCGAUAUGUACACGCAUCUCAUAAAAUUGACGCAAGCGUUCAUCUUGCAGUGAUACAAUGUAAUAAAAUUCACAAAUAGUGCUACAAGUAGUGAAUUCUGUGUCUCGGUGAAAUACGGACAAUUCUCGAUUCUAAUUUUUGCAGCACCAUAUUUACAUGAAGAUUUUAAAAUUCCAUUCAAUAGAGAUUUACACGUACGGAUAUAAUGAAAAUAAGUCACAGUUUGGGGUCUUAGUAAUAUUUGUUAUUACCACAAGAUUAAAUAAAAAAGAUAAAAAAGACUUUUCUAGUUGAGUUGCAAGGUACACGGAGAAAAAAAUUCGAGGCAAUUUGCACUGCCGUGCGUUUACUCGUUUUAUACUCUAAAUUUUAUUUUACGUUUUCUUACGUAUUGAAAUGACUAAGAACAUUUUUUUUUGUUAUGAAGAUUACAGUGCCCUACAGUCACGUGGCAAAUAUGAAAGCGUUAUUUUUUAAGGGUGUUCCGAAUACCAGCUAGUAAUCGAACAACGAGAGUACGUACGUAGAGUACAUUACUUCACACGUUAAAAUUGCGGACGAGUACGAAGAGUCGCUGGAAAUUGUUGGAAUAGCAUUAACACAAAUUUAAUAUAGCCUUUAAGUUAAUUGUUAAGUAAUAAACGUAAGAUAACUGGCAUUAUGUACAAUGGUAGUACCGCACUGACGAUGUCUGAACUUUGUAAAAUAUAGCUAUAAAAGUGCAACCUAUAA